GUCGGGUAGUGCCUGUUGGGCGUUUGGUGAGGUUGGUUGUGCGCGCUCUCGCACCCCAGGUGAAGUCGAUAACCUUGGAUGUGCUUACCUGUACUGUCUACCUGAAUAGCAAAUGCUUUCACAUACGGUUAAUGUUGCUGCGCGUGGAGCAAACUGAUGCUGACAGGUUGACAAUCCCGUCUGUGCGUCACUGUUGUAUAAUUAUAUACACCUGAGUGUUGUAAAGUUACGAUUCAUGUCACGCGUAGGUCACUGAUGUGGAAAACUCAAUGAAUGAGCCCAAAGGGGCAAGGGAGCGAUUACCUUGACAGGAAAAUUUUGAAUAAGUAAUUGCUUCUUAAGAAACCGAGUGUUAGUCGCAAACUUGAGGAACCUUACAUAGGAAGUCUCGAUGAAGAGGGUGAUGUGAGCGGUGACCAAACUGUUGAGGUGAUCCCAGUCAGCCCCGCCCGCAGACACCCUCCGCGGAACAGGCACAGCUGCGGGACCUCAACGUGUGCGGCACUUGCUGCUGCGUCUUGUUUGUGGUUCGUUUCAAGCAACGGGCAGCUUAUGUCUCCUGUGACGUAAUCCCUCUGCAAAAAUGAAAGAACUCGAGCUUCGAAACCUUAACUCGACUCCUUGUCUGGCCCACAAUACGGCCACCGCCGCCGCACGCCGCCAGAGGGCCAGGCGUUGCCGAGCGCCCUCCAUGACGGGCGUGACGGUUCUGAUGGUGCUUGUGGCCGGCCUCGUGCUGCCCGCCGACUCGCAAUCCGCCUCUGAGGUGGACGCGACGCGCGAGACGAGUCACCACCACAAGCGAGACCAUCGCCACAGCGACCUGCAAGAUCUCCCUCAGGCCCGCAUCGAAUCGAACGUCCGGCCCAUCUCCAGCCAGACGCUGCAGUGGAGAAGUGAGCGGAAGAAGCCGUAUAGCGGGCCGUAUCUCAGCUCUAAGUGGAAUGACCCAGUCAGGGCCACUCAUAACUCUUUCCCAAAGGGCGUAAAGACUGGCCCCGAGCGCGUGUCCUCGGUCCAGAAAGAGGACCUCUCAGAAAGGCAAAAGCGAACUGAAGCUGAAAAAUCGUCCUCGUCCAGCUGGCAAGGGAGCAACCACCUGCGCCUGAAGGACGGCGGGUACGAGGGGCUGGUGGUGGAGGUGAGCCCCGGCGUGGAACAGACGGACUGCAAGCCCAUCGUCGACGGCAUACAGGUGAGUACCUGAUAUUUUCUUUAGUCAUUAAGAUGAUAUCCAAGCACCACAGGUGGGUCACUGUGGCCCAGGUGGAGCUGGAGGACCAUUCUGCUGCCGCUGCCAUUGUCAGAGCGCGUUGAAGCUUUUCCAUUCGCAGAUUUCGUGAUUCUCCUUGCAGCGGCAUCCCUGAAGUGUGAACUACGCUAAUUUGGUGCCUUAAAAUCAUAUCAAUCAAAGUCUUAACAAAACGCAGGCAGAAUGAAGUGGAGAACUUGGGUAAUUAAUUAUCCCAACCACUUCUGGGAAAAGCCAUUUUCUUAAUUAAAUAGACAACUUAA